GAUGGUGAGGAGGGAGCGCGUCCAAGCCGGGUCAGCUGCUCUCUUAGCCGGGCGUCUUGGUUCCCUUUGGCCGCCCCCUCUUUGAUGGUGUUGCCUCUUGGAGAGCAGAGCGCAGGAGACCCGUGGCGGGAGACAGAAAUAGCCUGCUGGAGCCUACCGAGUGGCGGGAUUCAUGAAAUGGCCACAGAUGACAAAACAUUUCCCACACUGGAAUCUGUGAAUGAUUUGCCUUACUCUCCUGGCAGCCCAUCUCACCUGACGCACUUCAAACCUUUGACUCCUGACCAGGAUGAGCCUCCAUUUAAAUCUGCAUACAGUUCUUUUGUAAAUCUUUUUCGCUUCACUAAGGAUGAUGGACGACUUGCACCCUCUGUUGAGAGAACAGAGAUUGGGCAGGGGGAUCAUCAGCAGACACUGAAUGCGAAUUGGUCAAGCCCAGAACACUCCUCAAGAUCGCAGUCGUUGAGGUCAUCCCCCAUAGCUUACAAAAAAACACAACCUGCGGGGGAGCUGCAGCGACGAUCUUCUACAUCAUUAGACAAUCGAAGAAAAGAUCCUCCUCUUAGUGGUCAUGAUCCUAGGACAGCUGUUCAACUUAGAAGCCUCAGUACAGUUUUAAAACGCCUCAAAGAAAUCAUGGAAGGAAAAAGCCAGGACAGUGACCUCAAACAAUACUGGAUGCCAGAUAGCCAAUGUAAAGAGUGUUACGACUGUAGUGAAAAAUUCACUACUUUUAGACGCAGACAUCAUUGUCGGUUAUGUGGGCAAAUUUUCUGUAGCCGAUGCUGUAACCAGGAAAUCCCUGGAAAAUUUAUGGGUUACACAGGUGAUCUGAGAGCUUGCACUUAUUGUCGCAAAAUAGCCUUAAGCUAUGCACACUCCACAGAUGGUAACACCAUUGGGGAAGACUUGAGCGCUUUAUCUGAUUCAUCAAGCUGUUUGUCAGUAUUGGAUCCUGGGGAACCCCGUACUCCUGUAGGUAGCAGAAAAGCUAGUCGCAAUAUUUUCCUGGAAGAAGAUCUUGCCUGGCAAAGCUUGAUUCAUCCAGAUUCUUCAUCCUCUACCUUAUCAACACGUCUUGUAUCAGUUCAGGAGGAAACAGGGAAGUCUCCUGCACGGAAUAGAUCGGCUAGCAUAAGUAACCUGUCUCUGGAUCGAUCGGGGUCUCCCAUGGUGCCUUCCUAUGAGACAUCUGUCAGUCCACAAACUAAUCGAACCUACAUGAAGGAGACCAGUGAGGAUGAACGCAAACUUCUUCUGGACUCAGUUCAGUUAAAGGAUUUGUGGAAGAAAAUAUGCCAUCACAACAGUGGGAUGGAGUUUCAAGAUCAUCGCUACUGGCUGCGUACCCACCCCAACUGCAUUGUAGGAAAGGAGCUGGUCAAUUGGCUUAUAAGGAAUGGCCACAUCACUACUAGAGCUCAAGCAAUUGCAAUAGGACAGGCUUUAGUAGAUGGGCGUUGGCUGGAUUGCAUCAGUCACCAUGAUCAAAUCUUUAGAGAUGAAUAUGCACUCUACAGACCAUUACAGAGCACAGAAUUUUCUGAAACUCCUUCUCCAGACAGCGACUCUGUCAACUCCGUGGAGGGCCAUUCUGAGCCAUCGUGGUUCAAAGACAUCAAAUUUGAUGACAGUGACACAGAGCAAAUUGCAGAAGAAGGAGAUGACAACCUGACUAAUUCUGCCAGCCCUAGCAAGCGUACCUCAGUCAGCAGCUUCCAGUCUGCCAUGGACAGCGACUCAGCUGCUUCCAUCAGCCUGAAUGUGGAGCUGGACAACGUGAACUUCCAUAUCAAGAAGCACUCCAAAUACCCACAUGUGCCCCCUCAUCCUGCUGACCAGAAAGAGUAUAUGAUUGCUGACAAUGGAGGACAACAAAUGAUCUCAAUAAGUGAUGCAUUCAUCAAAGAGUCACUUUUUAACCGGAGAGUUGAAGAAAAAUCCAAAGAGCUUUUCUUCACACCCCUAGGCUGGCAUCACAGCAAUCUGGAUCUGCUGAGGGAGGAAAAUGGGGAAAAACAGGCCAUGGAGAGGUUGCUCUCUGCUAAUCAUAACCACAUGAUGGCUCUGCUUCAACAGCUGCUAUACAACGAAGCAUUGUCCCUCUCCUGGCGUGAUAUCAUUGUGCCGGUGGUCUGCCAGGUGGUUCAGACAGUGCGACCUGAUGUCAAGAACAGAGAUGAUGACAUGGACGUUCGCCAGUUUGUCCAUAUCAAAAAAAUUCCAGGUGGAAAAAAAUUUGAUUCAGUAGUGGUGAAUGGCUUUGUAUGCACCAAAAACAUAGCACAUAAAAAGAUGAAUUCCUAUAUUAAAAACCCCAAAAUCCUUCUGCUGAAGUGUUCCAUUGAAUAUCUCUACCGAGAAGAAACAAAGUUUACAUGCAUAGAUCCCAUCGUCCUCCAGGAAAAGGAGUUUUUGAAAAAUUAUGUUCAACGAAUAGUGGAUGUCAGACCUACUUUGGUCUUGGUUGAAAAAACAGUGUCCCGUAUUGCUCAGGACCUGCUUCUGGAAAAUGGAAUUACUUUGGUCAUUAAUGUUAAACCUCAUGUUCUGGAUCGAGUAAGUCGGAUGACCCAGGGAGAUGUAUUGAUGUCAAUGGAUCAGUUGUUAACGAAACCACACCUUGGGACCUGCCAUAAAUUUUAUAUUCAGGUGUUCCAGUUACCUAAUGAGCAAACAAAAACUCUGAUGUUUUUUGAAGGUUGCCCUCAACACCUGGGCUGUACUGUCAAGCUGCGUGGUGCAGGAGAGUACGAAUUGGCUCGAGUGAAGGAGAUCCUUAUUUUUAUGAUCUGUGUGGCCUAUCAUUCCCAGUUGGAGAUCUCCUUCCUUAUGGAUGAGUUUGCCAUGCCUCCUCAGUUGAAUAAAAAUGGUUCCUUCCAGAGUCUGAUGGAAGAACAGGGGGAAGAAGAUGGGCAGCAAGAUCUGCUGAACAGAGAAUUUGACACAGUAGGAAAAGAGGCUGAUAUAGUCUCAGAUAAGUUGCCUGUUAUAUCUGAAUCUGUGUCUCUAGAUGAGCUAGGCUCCCUUGAAGAACAGACUUUGACAGAAGAGGAUGACCAGAUCAGUGGUGAUUUACAAGAAGCUGCUCUCCAGAAGCAGCAAGGGUAUCCUCUGGUGGAUUUGUUAUACAGACCAAAAAUAAUUACUGAAGCACUUUUACCUCUUGACUUGACUGAACAACAACUAGGAAUUUUAGAUACAGAACAACUGGAAAUUCUAGGGGUAAUUAAUGACUACCAGGAACCUAAAAGUCAGGCCAGGGAGUUUAGAGAUCCUUUGCAAGAUGACACUGGGUUGUAUAUCACAGAGGAAGUGACUUCCUCUGAAGAUCGUCUCAAAACUUUUUCUUUAGCAUUUAAGCAAGAACUGAAGGAUGUUAUUCUCUGUAUUUCCCCAGUAAUCUCAUUCCGUGAGCCAUUUCUGUUAACAGAGAGAGGCAUGAGAUGUCCCACUAGAGAAUAUUUCUCAGAGCAGGUUUUUUUUUCUCCUCUGCUCAACAAGGAGUACAAAGAACUGGAUAUCAGAAGGAAGAAACAAUUGUUAAGGGAUCUCUCUGGACUACAAGGGAUGAAUGGAAGCGUCCAAGCCAAGCCUAUCCAGAUUCUACCUUCUCAUGAACUUGUUAGCACCAGAAUUGCUGAGCCUCUGAACAGUAGCUCAAACUUGGCCAGAUUGGUAGCUGACUUCCGAGCCAGAGGAGGAAGGAUUGUGCAGAAAGACUGCGCAGACCCAUUUGUUCAAUCUAAAGAAACAUCUGCUGUGAAAUUAGGAGUCAGGAGUGAAGAUGAUGAAAAUUUUUUCAUUCAAAAUGAAUCUCUAUGGUCUCAAAAAGUGGACUGCCUUAGCUGUACAAACCACCAGAGACUGUGUGUUUUGUUCAGUAGUUCUUCAUCCCAAUCUGGCAAUGCUCCAAGUGCCUGCGUUAGCCCAUGGAUGGUAGUAAUGGAGUUCUAUGGGAAGAAUGAUCUCACUUUAGGAGUAUUUCUAGAAAGAUAUUGUUUCAGGCCCUCCUAUCAGUGCCCAAAUAUGUUCUGUGAAACACCAAUGGUACACCACAUCCGUCGCUUUGUCCAUGGACAAGGCUGUGUACAAAUCAUAUUGAAGGAAUUGGAUUCUCCAGUGCCUGGUUAUCAGCAUACAAUUCUCACUUACUCCUGGUGUAGACUUUGCAAGCAGGUAACACCUGUGGUUCCACUUUCCAAUGAUUCGUGGUCUAUGUCCUUUGCCAAAUACCUUGAACUCCGCUUUUAUGGCUACCAAUAUACCCGAAGAGCCAAUGCUGAACCAUGUGGCCACUCCAUACAUCAUGACUACCACCAGUAUUUUUCCUAUAAUCAGAUGGUGGCAUCUUUCAGCUAUUCUGCUAUUCGGUUACUGGAGGUAUGUGUUCCUCAUCCUAAGAUCUAUAUCAAACGUCAAGUACCACUGAAGAUUACCAUGCUUCAAGAUCUGAAAGACUUUUCUCAGAAGAUUUCUCAGGUGUAUAUUGCUGUUGAUGAGCGCCUCACUUCUUUGAAAACAGAUACAUUUAGCAAAACAAGGGAGGAGAAGAUGGAAGAUCUCUUUGCCCAAAAGGAGAUGGAGGAAGUAGAAUUUAGAAACUGGAUAGAGAAAAUCCAAGCAAGGAUGCUUUCUUCUUCAUUUGACACUCCUCAGCAGCUGCAUUCAAUUUCUGAAUCUUUAACAGCCAAAAAUCAAAGUCUCUGUGAGAUGUUGCAAGCAUGGAAUAACAGGCUGCAAGAUCUCUUCCAACAAGAAAAAGGGAGGAAGCGCCCCUCAGUGCCACCGAGUCCUGGGAGAUUAAGGCAAGGUGACGAGAAUAAGAUCAGUUCAAUGGAUGCAUCUCCUCGCAAUGUUUCACCAGCACUUCAGAAUGGUGAGAAAGAAGAUCGUUUCUUGACUACUCUGUCCAGCCAGAGUUCUACCAGUUCUUCUCUGCUUCAGCUUCCUACUCCUCCAGAGGUUGUAUCUGACCAAUUGACAGGAGGGUCCACCUUUGCCAAUGUUCUCUCUGAUCCAGAUGCAGCUGGCAGCUCAGAAGAUGUGUUUGAUGGGCAUUUGCUAGGCUCUAUGGAUAGUCAGGUGAAAGAAAAAUCUACCAUGAAGGCUAUUCUAGCAAAUUUGUUACCUGGAAAUAGCUACAAUCCGAUUCCAUCCCCCUUUGAGCCUGACAAGCAUUACUUAAUGUAUGAGCACGAACGAGUUCCUAUUGCUGUCUGUGAAAAGGAACCAAGCUCCAUCAUCGCCUUUGCUCUCAGUUGCAAGGAAUACAAAAAUGCCUUAGAUGAAUUAUCAAAAUUGUUUUUGAAGAGCAGUAUUGAAGAAGGAUUUCAGACAAACAGUAUGGCUGAGAGCAGAGUGAAGACCAACAGCCCAGUCCGACUACCUGAAACGAAUGUGGGGCAGGCAAGCCAAACAACUGAAGCUGAACAAUCAAAGAAGCCAUAUGGAGUUCUGUCCUUCUUCCGUGGCACAGGAGGGAAAAGUCCAGAUCUAUCUUCUCAGAAAAAGGAGACCUUGCGUGGAGCUGACAGUGCCUACUACCAAGUUGGGCAGACAGGGAAAGAGGGGGCAGAGAACCAAGGAGCAGAAACCCAAGAUGAAAUAGAGGGAAGUGAUGCACAAAAGAAGCAGCUUGGAAAUCCACAUGUUGAACUUCAAUUCUCCGAUGCUAAUGCCAAGUUUUACUGCAGGAUUUACUAUGCAGGGGAGUUCCAUAAAAUGCGUGAAGUGAUUCUUGGAAGUAGUGAAGAAGAUUUUAUCCAUUCUCUCUCUCACUCACUGCCUUGGCAGGCAAGAGGAGGGAAAUCAGGAGCUGCUUUUUAUGUGACUGAAGAUGACCGAUUCAUCUUGAAACAAAUGCCUCGCCUGGAAGUCCAGUCCUUUCUUGACUUUGCCCCGCAUUACUUCACAUACAUUACUAAUGCCGUUCAACAAAAGAAACCCACAGCUUUGGCCAAGAUUCUUGGGGUUUAUCGAAUAGGCUAUAAAAACUCUCAGAACAACACAGAAAAGAAGCUUGAUCUGCUGGUCAUGGAAAACCUCUUCUAUGGCAGAAAAAUGGCUCAGGUUUUUGACCUGAAAGGUUCUCUGCGAAAUAGAAAUGUGAAAACUGACACAGGAAAAGAAAGUUGUGAUGUGGUUCUGCUGGAUGAAAAUUUGUUGAAGUUGGUGCGUGAUAAUCCCUUGUACAUCCGUUCUCACUCCAAGGCUGUGUUGAAGGCUUCCAUCCACAGCGAUUCGUACUUCCUCUCCAGCCAUCUCAUAAUCGAUUAUUCUCUUCUCGUGGGCAGGGAUGAUACCACUAAUGAACUUGUUGUUGGAAUUAUCGAUUACAUUCGCACAUUUACUUGGGAUAAAAAACUUGAAAUGGUGGUGAAGUCAACAGGGAUCUUAGGAGGACAAGGUAAAAUGCCAACUGUGGUAUCUCCGGAAUUGUACCGUACUAGAUUUUGUGAAGCAAUGGAUAAGUACUUUUUGAUGGUACCAGAUCACUGGACAGGCCUGGGCUUGAACUGCUAAGAUAAAGUGGUGCAACGGAAUGAUUUCUUCUGAUUCAAAAAGGAUAUAACAGAGGACUGUCUUUCUCCAUUCUCAUCCUCAGCUCACUUCUGACAUCAGCAGCUCAAGGGUCUUCUGCUACAGCCUUCAUAGCUAGGCUUUCUUGCCAUGUGAAUUUGCCCUUGAGAUGCCAGCACCGCAGUGGAAGAAGCAUUCAGUUUUCCGAAUCAGAAUGUUAACUUUCACGAAACCUGAAGUGGACAGGUCUGGGACCAAGGGGGAGCUUGUCAGAAAUUACGCGGCAUUGUAUUGAUGCACUGAUUAGGCAGUGGCUUUUGUGAACAGUCAAAACAAUGGUCUUAAUCAUAGGGGGCCUACUGGCCCCGCCAAUUGCAGUUUUGAUUCUGUUGUCUUUAAUCAUGAGGAACCAAGUGAGACUGUUAAUAGUGCUGCCCCUGUGGUAGGAGUUUAUUUUGUAAGCGUUAUUGUAUAUUGUGUGAUUUGUUACGCACUGGAUUUAUUUUGCAACUUUCUGUUGAGCAGUAUUUUGAUUAUUUUAAUCAUUUCAUACAUCCCAUAUGGUCAUUUGGAGCCCUGUUUUAAUGUUGUACAGUUUUUGUAUGGUCUGAUAUUUUAUUGGAGGGCUUCUUCUCUUUCUGAAUUCUAAUUUAGGCUUGAAACAAAUUUCAGAAAAGUUCAGGUUCAAAUAUAUAUGUGCCCCAAAGGUAAAUUUUUUCUCAAGUGGAACCUCUGUGGUUGAGUGUCAGUCUCAAACCACUAGGUGUUACUUUAAAAUAUGCCUUUAACUCAUUCCAUUCUCUCUUUUUGUCACAGCAAAAUAUUGGGAUGUUU